AUGUCGUCAGUAUCACCAACAAGAUCACCAACAAAGUCACCGCUUAGGGAUUCACAAGUCCCUAAUCAAGUGCUUCAACAGCUGCCAAAACUAGAGUUUGAAGCACCAAGUCCACUGGUUAAAACAUCACCAACUAGAACAGCUAGCGGUUUAGGAAGUCCAAUGAGAGUUAGGGAAAACAUAGGUUUAGGAAGUCCAAGAAGAUUAUCACCAAAUAAAAAUGGACUAAACCCAGAUCCACCAAGCUUUACAACAACUCCAAGAAGAAUACUUCCUAUAAAAAGAUCAACUCAAAGUGUUGACAGAAAUGGGUUUGAACCUCAAGAAGAAUCCAAACCUGAAAUAACUUUCAAUUCUUUAAAAGGUCUUGCACCAAGUAAUUUAAGAACUGUUGCUAGAACUCCAUCAAGAAGGGGCGUGAGAACCAGAACAUUACCAAAUUCAGAUCGAGUCUUUAGAUUUAAUGCACAACCAUUGAAUGUUGGCGCUAAAGAUAUCAACACAAAUUUACUUGAUAAGUUCAAAGCACAGGGGAAAGUUAAGUCUUGUUUGAAGUCAACAAAUGAUAAUAUUGCAAAUGUUGGUGUUAACAUUAAAGCUUCAAGUGAAAGCUCAAGUGAUGAAGAUAAUGAUAUGAGAACCACUUUAAAUACACUGAAGAAUGCUGCAAAUGCUAAAGAUGUCAAAGCAUUUUUGAGUAGUGGUAAUGAAAAUGCUGAAUUAGUUCAACCAAGAAAACGCAAAAGAGCUGUAUCUUUUAAUCCAGAGUUAAAUCAAAUAGCUGAAACUAUACACCAUGAUGAUAUUAAUAAUGAUAAUUCUACACAAAGAUUAUUGAACUUAGUUUUGCAAAAUCAAGAAAUCAUCAUGUCUAAAUUAGACGCUCUAGAAAAACGUUUAAAGUAG